CCAGUUUCCUUAGGAUGCAGGUCACGUGUUAAAUACCCGGAAGCUUAUCACUUACAUGUUGUCUGCGGAGGUUUGGACUCGAGGUGACCCGGUAUCUUCUCCCGGUAACUUCUCCCGGUUCUUACGUUAACGGAGGAGCAGCUUCACGCUAAACUACCGCGGAGGUGUUUGUGUCUGAACCGGGGUCUGACCCGGGUCUGACCGGGUCCACCUGAAUCUGUUCCAUGUUCCGGGUCGUCGGUGUGAAUCCUCUGAAGAACCCGGUGAUUGACGGGAACGCCCCUGAGGACAGGUGAGCAUCUGAGGCAGGAAGCCACGUCUCAAACCUUCAUUCAGGAACUCGUUUUAAAGAUGUCUGUGUUGCGGUGCAUUGUGGGUGGACUGCGUCUUCCUUGGGUCCAGCAGAAACUUGUGUCCUCGCCAUCUCUAACUUCAGCGAGUGUCCUCGUCAGACCGCGUGGACGUCCUCCUCAUCUUCCUCCACAGCGACUCCUGUCUGCGGGGGGUGACUCGCCAGUUUCUGCAGCGAAGCUGAAGCUCAGGACUCGUCUGUUGGUGACUCUGCUGUUUGGCGGCGGCGUGCUGGCCGCCUGGUGGUACGUGUACGAGGAGAAGCAGCAGAGGUUGCGGCGACAGCGCAUUGAGCAGCUUGGGCAGGUGGCUGUGGGUCAGGGGAACUUCAGUCUCCUGGACCAUAGGGGGCAGCGCAGGACCAAGCAGGACUUCCUGGGCAGCUGGGUGCUGCUGUACUUCGGCUUCACGCACUGUCCCGACAUCUGCCCCGAAGAGCUGGAGAAGAUGAGCGCCGUGGUGUCGGCUCUGGACCAGGACACCUCGCUGCCGCCCGUCCAGCCGCUCUUCAUCACCGUGGACCCGGACAGGGACGAUGUGGCGGCGCUGGACCGGUACGUCAAAGACUUCCACCCCCGUCUGAUCGGACUGACCGGAACAUCAGAGGAGGUGAAACACGCGGGGCAGGACUACAGAGUGUACGCCAGCCCCGGACCCAAAGACGAGGAUGGAGACUACAUCGUGGAUCACACAAUCCUGAUCUACUUGAUCAGUCCUGACGGGUUCUUCCUCGAUUAUUACAACAGAACCAAGAAUGAGGAGCAGAUCGGCGAGAGCGUCAAGAACCACGUCAGAAACCACGUCAAGCUCGGAGAAGAUCGCUGAGACACGACACUCCCCGUCAGAGACCGAGUCUGUUUCAUCAAAUAACAACAAAAGAUUCAAAAUCUGAAGUUGUUCAGUUUGUUCGACCGGACGAUUCAAACUCUGAACGUCCUCAGCGAGUCUGGAGGAGUUUGAACAGAAGACGUGUUUUUCAGACAUGAGGACGAACUCAAGUCGUCUCAUCGAGUUGAGCUGCGACCGCGAGUCCGUCGACAGAAAAGUUCUGCUGCUGAUUUAUCUGAGUUUGUGAAAAUAAACUGAAUCUUUGUGUUUUCAACUUUUUAUCUGAGGAUGUAUGUUUUUAUUUAGAGGUUUUCUGACAUUUUAUUGAGCUAAUGAUGAAUAAGGAAAUAAUAACAAAUACUGAGUACAGUUUAUUCAGAGAUUUAAAAAGUUUUCUGUUCUAGAAACAAAACAAAUAAAAUCCAGAUUAAUGAAUGAAUGAAAAUAAAAUUGAACGUGAUUUGAUCCAAA